AUGGAGCGUUGGAACGGUCGUGUAGCUGUCGUGACAGGUGCAAGUUCCGGUAUUGGAGCGGCGAUCGCAAAGGAUCUCGCCAAAGCCGGCAUGAUUACCAUUGGCCUAGCCCGUCGUGUUGAACGCGUUGAAGAACUACGAAAGGAUCUGUCGGAAGAUGCGGCCAAAAGGCUGCACGCUUUGAAGUGCGAUGUGUCGAAAGAAGCGGACGUAGACGCUGUGUUUAAAUCGAUCGAGGAAAAGUUCGGUGGCUGUGAUGUGCUGGUAAAUAAUGCCGGAAUCAUGCGAUCGACCAAUCUACUAGACGUCGGAAACACAUCCGAUAUUAAAGCCGUGCUGGACACCAACGUGACCGGUUUGGUGCUAUGCAGUCAGCGGGCGUAUCAAUCGAUGGUCAAACGAUCGGUAGAUGGACACAUCGUUCAUAUUAGCAGCAUCGCUGGCCACAUGGUACCGAAUUUCCCGAAAUUAAACGUUUACUCAGCAUCCAAACACGCCGUCAAGGCCAUUACGGAAACGAUGCGCCAGGAGAUGAGAGAUGCUGGAAAGAAGAUUAAAGUUACGAGUGUUAGCCCCGGUGGAGUUAGGACGGAAUUUCUAAAUGAUACAGGAAUAGAGAUCUCAGACGAUUGGCCAAUGCUGCGAUCAGAGGAUGUUUCCGAUGCUGUCCUUUACACGCUGGGAACACCGCCCCAUGUUCAAGUGCACGAAAUCAUUAUCAAACCGAUGGGCGAAGCGAUGUAAAACUAUUCUG